UUAAAUUGCUUGGGAGGAAUCCCUCCACAGUUUCCAACGUGUAAGGGAAACGUACCUACUACUCCCACACUUAUUAAUACAUUCUGAAUCGGCACGUGCAUUUGAUUAAUUGAACUCAAAAAGAUUGAAACCUUCAACAGAAGAUUGCUCACGGCAUCCAUCUUGACAAGUCAUAUUUUAAUCUCAAUUCAAAUCCCUUAGAAUCAAAUUUGCAUUCGCACGAUGUAUGAAAAUGCUUUUUUUUCCUGCUCCAAAGUGAGCUUGUCGGGUUGGGGAUGAAAUAAAUCAAGCGAAAAGUGCGCUAGGUUUUUCGAGGACGCGCGGAGAACCCCGGCCGUGGGCGUCUGUCUACAUGAAAUUUAUAGCCGUCGUAAUCGCCCCUAAAUUAUGAAUCAAAGCUUAAUCGAGCAAUGGCCAUAACGCAAUAGUCAUUUACUAAGUAAAUCUUGCACGUCAAUAAAAAUGGAGCGAAAUAAUCCUUCUCUUUUCAGCGGCGUGGCCGUUACAGAGCGCUUUUGCGUACUGCGCCUUCGACGAGGGCAUAAACGCUUCAGCGCAUCGGAGCAAUUUUCAGAUGAAAUUCAGUAGCUUGUAGCUAACAGACAGAUCAAGAUGCCCUCAAAGUUGGCAUGGCUAGGGGUUAUUUCAUAUUUGACUUUCGCUAGUACGCUACCGACCUCGCUCGUUGAAGACGUUAAGGCGAAUUCAAUCAAAGACAGCAAAGUGAAACGCGCCCGUAGUGAUACGGAAGAAAAUCCACAUCUGCCGGCCAUCUAUUAUAAAAAUCCGUCGGCCAUCAAACGAGGGACCAGCCAGCCGUUCGACAACUGGGAAGACCUGAAUAAGGAGACGUUCAUCAAUCUGGCGCCGUCGUUGUACUCGAACGACGGCAAGAUCGACGACAAAUCCAUAGUGGAUUACGAGAAGGCUUAUCAGUACGGUACGAAUAAGGAGAAGCUGGACGAGGCCUUGGAGAACGCCGUUCUGAAAUCGGAACUGUACGGCAGUCCCGGAUCGGCGAAUCAGUACAGAUACUUCGAGGGGGGCAACGAUGAAAAACGCAAAAAACGAGCCGCUUUUAAGAGAAACACGCCACAAGAUAAUAGAGUUUCGUCUUCUCCUCUGUUACAAAUCACGGUAGAAAAGGCGGACGCGAGCCAAGAGCUUUCGGCUUUAAAGCACCCCUCCAUUUAUUUUGAAACGAAAUUAAUUUACGUUUUAAUUUCAGUGAAACGCGCCCGUAGUGAUACGGAAGAAAAUCCACAUCUGCCGGCCAUCUAUUAUAAAAAUCCGUCGGCCAUCAAACGAGGGACCAGCCAGCCGUUCGACAACUGGGAAGACCUGAAUAAGGAGACGUUCAUCAAUCUGGCGCCGUCGUUGUACUCGAACGACGGCAAGAUCGACGACAAAUCCAUAGUGGAUUACGAGAAGGCUUAUCAGUACGGUACGAAUAAGGAGAAGCUGGACGAGGCCUUGGAGAACGCCGUUCUGAAAUCGGAACUGUACGGCAGUCCCGGAUCGGCGAAUCAGUACAGAUACUUCGAGGGGGGCAACGAUGAAAAACGCAAAAAACGAGCCGCUUUUAAGAGAUUAAACAGCCGUUACAAGAGAGAUAUAGAACUAACGCCCGAAGAGUUCCUAACCCUACUGUCACUGUGGGAGAACGAAAGGCGUCACACCUCGGACGACUACCGACCGACCUGGUCGCGAUACGAACCGAACGUCGACCUAGACGACCGAAACGAGAACGAACUCGACGAGGACGACGAAAACUGGCUCGACACGCCCGUCGUUUACCCGCACGCCACAAACCGCGCCAGCCCCAACUACAUGUACGAGGAUAAGCGAGGCGAAUGGGGGCGGUUCCCCGAGAAUAAGAAGAAACGCUUUAUGGUGGCUCGUAAACGUAACGACCCGACGAGGGAGCUGAGAUACAUCAACGGACCACCGCAGAGAAGCGAUUUUUAUACACUCUCGCAACUGCUGGCGGCGCAGCGUGAACCGAACGCACCUUUAUACCGCAGGAUGGUGCUGUAAACCCCUAAACGCAUAUCUCGUUUUUAAUUGUUUAAUAAAGUAAUAGAUGUUAUUUAUGUAUUUCUCAAAUUCUAUCCGCAUGUAUUUUAUUAAUCGGAAAAAAAGGUAUUAUACAUCAGUCAGUAUAAUAUAAUUACACGUUUUUAAUGUUA